AUGUCUUCAAAUUCAAUCCUUGAUAGUUACCAAUGCAAUCAAUGCAAAGAGCGCCACACCAAUUUAAAAAAACCCAAGAGUUGUAGAGCUCAAUGCUUUAAGAACCGUCAUAGAAGACAUAAUGAUAUCCAGACUUCACAGACCACGCCUGUUCCUGGACAAGUCAGUGUUGUUUUGAACACUGUCUCGAAUGACACUAUCGACAGAGAACGUGCUGAUGCAAUCGAAGAUCAGAUCAUGGAUACACUCAACAGCAAAGAUAACGAUGAUCCAAUUAUAAAUAUCUUCAGUAAUGAUGACAAUGAUGAGUCUAUGUAUGAUGCGGAACUUGGCAACGACAUGGAUAUCAUUGAAAACGAAACAUCUCCUUUGGUUUUUGACUUCAGUCAGCCUGCACCUACCCCUGACAAAGACGAUGCAAAGAACCUUGAGUUUCUCAAGAUCAUUAAGGAUUUUGGUAUCUCCCGCAAUGCUCAUGAAAUGAUAGUCAAGCAUUUCAACAGCAUUUUGGAAACAUCAACUUGUAUUACAUACAGAGCAUGUACUCCCCAUCUUGGCAAAAAGCUUUUGAAGCGUUUCUCGGGUGUUGAAGAGACAGUCCAUGAUAUCUGUCAGAGGGGAUGUAUGCUCUUUACCAGUCCAUCCCAGACUGAGUGCUCCAACUGUGGACAAAGCCGAGCAAUUUUUCAUCUCAGCAUGUUUUUUGGUGUACAUGUUUAUAAAGUCAUGUUGUAA